UGUUGUUAAUGACCGUUGUAAUUAAAUAGUUAUAUUUUAAAAUUCUGCUGGGAAUUACACGACUGUCAUGCCAAUACAGUCGAUUUUCUACCGGCAUCGUUAUAAUAUUGUUUCAAUACCAGUGCGGUUUCCAAAUAUAUAUCGAUAUGUUUUGUUGCGGUAUUUGCUACACAAUGUUUACGGGGAUAUACCCGGAAAGCGUUCACGCUACUCCGUGCGGCCAUUUGUUCCAUACAAAGUGCAUACUGCUCUGUUUACGUAGAUCGCCGAAGUGUCCGUAUUGUGCCGUUAUGGUUUGUGAAACACAAUUGAUCAAACUGCAGGUCCAAAUCGACCCCGACUGGAAAGACACUGUAAAAUCGAUCAAGGCCAACGACAGUAUCAUUAACUUGGACGAAUCGUUGAACAUUGGAAACGACUCCAAGUGCGACGCCAGUCUGAUGAUAAUCGAUCCCGACGAAUCAAACAUGUCUCUGACGGAUCUCUUUAAAACGAGCGCUACUACGAAAAUAACAACCUCGGUAUCGGCACCAAGCCUUAGCGAAUCGACACAAAGUCUGUUGUCUGUUUUGUGCGAAAUAAUACCGAACUCGGCCGUACACUAUUGCUUCUUCGUGAACGAACAUAAUUUGAUCCAGAGUUUUCAAGAAGGGUACAGUCACGUGUUGAUCGUUAAUUUGCACAUGGGCAACCCCACCGGUUUGGUUUUGUUCGAUCUGAUCCAUUGUCUCAAAAUUAAUGUCACGCUGUUAGAUGUCAAGGACCAAAAAGAUUUUCUACUCAACGCACAUAAAAUAAGAACGGACACGAAUCAUACAAGUUCAUUAAUCAGAAUGAAAAAAGCAGCGAACAACAACGACGAUAAAGACUUCCAAAAGUUUGUCCAUUUUGUCGUAGAUUUUUGCAAUGACAUUUUCCAACAAAAUUUGAACAAUGUUCCCGAAAUAUCUUUGAUAAGUAAUAGUUGUUACAGCGUAACUUUCAAACACGGUUCCAAGCAAUAUAAUAUACAUAUUUUCCAUUAAUUGAUUUUUGAAAAUCGCGGAUUUAUUUAAUUUUUAAAUUACAUUUUACACUAUGUUUGA